UGUGCACAUGCACCCGCCCCUCUCUGGUCCCUCAGACCUUCCUAUCCCAACUCAGUUCAUUCAAGAAAUGUGAGGAGGUGACAGAGAGCUGGAGACAACUGAGUACAACCUCCCUACACUUCACUUUUCUGAUGUACUGGGUACAGGCACAGAGGAGACGGUAGCUGAAGCAGCCUCUCAUCAGAGGCAUAAUUACAUUAUAACUGGCACCGUGUGUACCAGGCCACCCUGCAUGAAACAUGUAUGUGUCCUCUUCUGAACUUCUGAGCUCCCGUAUUCAUUGACAAGAUGUCGAGCGUAAGAUUUGAACCCAGGCCAGAGGGCGGUGAAAUCAAUGGGUUUCGUAAAAAUGAGGAGAAAGUGCAGAUUGAUGAUGGGAAGAAUGAAACUGAGGAACCACCAACAUGGAACAACAAGCUGAAGAAAGUGAUCUCUCCAUUUGUGAUGUCGUUUGGAUUCAGAGCAUUUGGGAUUCUCCUCAUCAUUGUGGAUUUUGUAUUUGUAAUUGUGGAUCUGUCUGUAAUGGACAAGAGCAAACAGACAGGAGAGAUCAUUUCUGGCAUUUCAUUAUCUAUUUCCCUCUUCUUCCUGAUUGAUGUUCUGCUACGGAUCUUUGUGGAGGGAUUUCGGAAAUACUUUAGUUCCAAGUUAAAUAUUUUUGAUGCUGCUAUUGUUGUCAUUACGCUAAUCGUGACUCUAGUGUACGCAUUUACUGACUUCAGUGGCGCAACCACUAUUCCAAGAUUGGUCAAUUUUUUCCGAGCUUUGAGAAUCGUCAUCUUGGUCAGAAUAUUCCGCCUGGCUUCUCAGAAGAAACAGCUUGAACAGGUUACUCGGAGAAUGGUCUCUGAAAAUAAAAGAAGGUAUCAAAAAGAUGGAUUUGACCUGGAUCUUACCUAUGUAACUGAUCGUAUAAUUGCCAUGUCAUUUCCAUCAUCUGGACAACAGUCCUUCUAUAGGAAUCCUAUAGGGGAUGUUGUAAGAUUUUUGGACUCCAAGCAUAAGGAUCACUACAAGGUCUACAACUUGUGCAGUGAGAAGGGAUAUGAUCCGAAAUCCUUCCACUACAGAGUGGAGCGAGUGUUUAUAGAUGAUCACAAUGUCCCCACUCUGGCGGACAUGCUGAAAUUUACAGCCAGCGUACGUUCCUGGAUGGCGCAGGAUCCAAAAAAUGUUAUAGCCAUUCAUUGUAAAGGAGGCAAAGGCAGAACGGGUACAAUGAUUUGCACGUGUCUUGUUGACUCCGACCAGUUUGAGAGCGCAAAGGAAAGUUUGGAUUACUUCGGUGAGCGAAGGACUGAUACAUCCGUCAGCACCAAGUUUCAAGGUGUGGAAACACCGUCUCAGAGCAGAUAUGUCGGUUACUAUGAAAUUGUUAAGAACAAGUACAAUUUACAGCUCCCACCAGAGAAACAGCUCCGAGUCCGAAGCAUUAGAAUCCAUUCAAUUGAAGGUGUAGGUAAAAGCAAUGGAAGUGAUAUGAAAGUCCAGAUAAUCUCUGCAAAACAAGUGGUAUUUCAGUGUGUUUGUGAGACACAAGACAACUGCAAGCUAUUCUUUGAUCCUGGGAACAAUUCAACAGUAAUUAGCUUGGAAGGCUGUCCGCUCAUCUCUGGAGACAUCAAGAUCAGAUUUGAGUCUAGUGCUGGUCUACCUAAAGGCUAUGAUGAUUGUCCAUUCUAUUUCUGGUUCAACACUUCAUUCAUAGAAAAUAAUAGGCUUUAUCUGUCAAAAAAUGAGCUGGACAAUCCUCACAAGGAGAAAUCUGGAAAACUGUACAAGGAAAAUUUUGCAGUGGAGCUAAACUUUGAAGGGUCACAAGAUGUCCGGACGACAUGAGUGUGCGCACCUCACUGUGACAAAUGAAAGUGCCUGAACGUUGCCAAUGUGCCAUAUUCUUUUGUUUUUUUAAACAUUUUAAACUAUUUUUUUAUACUGUUGUGUAUAUAUAAUACUAUUGUUAUACAGUCCUGUGCAUGUCUAUCUUGUUGUGUUUGAGUAGUAAACCCUGGUUAGAUUUUGUGAAAUGAGUGAACAUGUUGCACUGUUUUGUUUGUUGAUGAUAACACCCAUUGAAUUUGUUUCCAGUAAUACAUAUUUGAAGCUGCGAGUCAGUCAGUGCUCAUUCCCGCCAGUCCCAGUUUUCUGAGGACCAUCCUGGCUUUUGUUGGAACAAUCUAUGCACUUUCUUAGUGUUUGUUUUCCUACUAUUGAAUUUCUGUGGUGCAUCAGGAUUAGCACCUAGGUUGCCUUUUAUAUUCUCACCACAUUUCAAGUAGAGAUUUGCGGGAUCAGAUUUAUUUGGACCUCAAAAGUGGCAUCUUAUUGGCUAUCAGCUUUCGCAUGCUGUGGAUAGCCAAUAAGAUAAAUCCGAACUUGCGCUAUUUUGGCGGGGGAAAAAACAAGUAAAUCCGAACCCGCACAUCUCUAAUUUCAAGUGACCUGUUCUAUUUAUAUUACCCGCAUUGUAUAAGUUGUGUACAAAAAUUUCUUGUUACUCUGAAUUUACAGUACAGGAGGGUUAUUGAAACACAAUACAGUAUAUUUGUGUUCUAGUCAUGUCAUGAUAGGUGAGGCCACCUUUCUCCAUCUCCAGUACAUUACAUAUUAUUAGGCGGGGGGAUUAGUCCAUUCUUCUAAAGAGGACAGAUGGAGAAGUUGCUUAUAGCAACCAAUCAGGUUCUACUGUAGCUACUAUUUAUACACUGUACUUCAACUUAGCGACUGUUACUUGCUCUGCUCAGGAAGAUGCAGCUGAUGGGCGGGGCUGGGUGCUUUGCAUUAUUAAGCCCCCACCCCCUUAUGGUGAAUUUUAAGGGAGUCCACUAGAAGAGUGGGUGGACCUUCAACAUACCACCCACUUUCCAAUGAAUUGUGGGGUCCAUGAAAAGGUGAUGAGUCCAAAAUAAAAUGAUUCUCAUAAAAUCGCAUAUUGUCCAAUCCACAGUGGCACCGAGAGGGGGGUAGCGGGUACUCUUUACCCGGGCCUGUUGGAGGAGCCAGACGGGGGCCCAGGUCCUGCUGCCCCUUCAUUCAGGCCACACUUCAGGUAGCAGGGAGAGAGAGGACUGCUACUGCAGCAGCCUCUCUCCCCAGCCUGGUACGCAAUGCUGUGUGCUGGGGAGAGUGCCAGCUGCAGCAGCAGUCAGUCCCCUCUCCCCCUGCAUGGGAGAGCAGUCGCACCUGCACCCACAUGAUGCCACCCACUGGAUCUGCACCGGCGCCCCUCUAGGCGGCACGCACGGGCACUACGCACCCACAUGUAAGGUAUAGUUUCGAAGGAGGGGGUCUGGCCACACCCCCUCCCUGUACCGGGGCCCAGCAGAGCUGUCUGUGCCCCUGCCCACCCCCAGACUUGUGCUCAAUUCAUUAGCAUGUGGGUGGGAUGCAGGAUGACCACCCUCCGUUCUGGAGGUCCCAGGGACUUUCCAAAAAUUUGGAAGUCUCCUGGUCCCUCUGGGGGGAUCAGUAUGGGAUGCCGGCAUACAUGAUGCCUAAUGUCAGUAUACCGACAUCAGCAUCCCGUGCGCCGGAAGGCCGGCAGGGGGGUGAGCGGAACAAAGCCCCUUGCGGGCUUGGUGCGCUCGCCACGAGCUUUGCUCACCACAGGUUCUACUCUCCCUCUAUGGGUGUCGUGGACACCCACAGAGGGGGAAUCACCUACUUUGCCGGGAUCCCGGCGUCAGUAUUGAGAGAACCGGGUUACCAACCGGCGGUGUUUUUAUUGUAUACCCCUCUGGAAGAGCAGAUCAGCAUAAUGUACUUAAUAAAUUAUAGUCACAAGCUGAUUGGUUGCCAUGGGCAACUUCUGCACUUGUCCUCUUUAAAAGGUUUGAUACAUCUCAUCCUAUGUGCAAUGACGCAGUCAUUCCUUUUAUUUUCCAUGACAAUUUCACCUACCUUACUAUUCUAUCUGGCAUAGGCUAUAAGUGUUGACAUACAACUUCGAGAAACGUGUUUACCACUGAGUUUACUAGUAGAAUAACAUUUCUGUCAUCUCUAUGUGCCCUCUGCUUGUACAACACUAUAUUACAUAAAAACAGUGUUCUUCUCCGUACAA